UCACUCAGCCUGCGGCUGUUGCUGAGUCGAGAGCUGGGCUCCUUCGUCCUCUGUACCUUCAUUGUCCCCUUCCGGCUAGCGCUUAGCAUGCUCACGCUUGAUGUGCGGAUGGCGGAACGGCGCGAGCAUUUCGCUGCUCGCCGCUCUCGCCAUGCGACAUGAAAAGCAACCCUGGAGCCAAGACGUACCGCCUGCCGUACCACCGUGCCUCGCAAGAGGAUCACGGCGGCGCCUUGCGUGUCGCAAGAUAAGCACUCGCCUUGCAAAUCGGUUCUUGUUCUUCAUCCGCAUGUGCAACCUCAGUGCUGAUGCGCCGCACCCGUGGUUGCAACUUUCCACUCCAUUGGACGCUCACUCAGAAAUGACGAGAGCACCGCAUAUCUGUCCUUCAUGUGCGUGUGCAUAUGCAGAGGCGGGGAAAACCGCUCAGACACAAGACCUCGUUCCUGGAGGAGCACGUCCCCUAGAGAUACAGUACCUCCAACAUGCUGCAAAUCUCUGCCGUUUUAUUUUCGUUGCCUGCGGCCCGUGGUCCCUUCGGCACUGCUGCUGCAUACUGAGCUCAUCUCUUUCGUUCUUCAAACGGUAAACCACCAUUUUGUGGCUUUGGGCACCUGCAGUCGCUUCCUGGCAGGGCCCAGAACGAUCGCCAGAUAUCCUACGGAUCACUGAAACCACUCAUAGCCACGGCUGCAGCUAGCACUGUAGCCUGCCGGGUAAUAACUAACCACGAGCAUCGACUCCGGCUAGCCCACACAGCAUGUCGCGGUUACGUUUAGAAUCACUUCCUACUAGCCGAGCUACGGUAACGAC